CUGAUUCCUUUGCCUGUCCUGUCCACCUCCCUAAAUAAACAUAGGAAGACGAGUGUUUGAUUAGAGGAUACUUUACAAGAGUUUUCAUUGUCGGGUUUGUAGAAUUUUUACCCAUUUCAGCAAAGCAAUAUCUUUCUCCGGAAACAAGAGAAAUGAAAACCGUGUCAUCUUGUCGCUGAAGAUAUCUUUUAUGAACCUAGGAAUGGCUUCUCUAGCUCAAGCUCCUUCUAUCAGCUUCAUCACUAAAAUUCCUCAGGUUCGUUCCAAAUGCUCACUAUUGUUAAAAGCUUCAAGGGUGCCUUAUGUGAUCCCCUUCCGUCAUAUCCACCUCAGACGACCCCCUGUUUGCUGCACCAAGUUUCCUCAGUGGGAACCUUCACCCGUCACAUACACUUUAACUGAGAAAUCUGGUGAAAACUUCUUGGAUAAAUCAUCUGAAUUAUUUGAAACUCUGCGUCCUGAAAGCAAUGAUGACAAGGCUUUAGUGACUAAAGCUAAAGAUCUCACAGAUACGACCAAUCAGCCUGUUGCACAGUUUCAGUUUCUUAAAUGGCCAUUGUGGCUGCUCGGGCCUUCUCUUCUCCUUGGCACAGGCAUGGUUCCAACUCUGUGGUUGCCAAUAUCCACCAUUUUCAUUGGCCCAAAUGUGGUCAGCCUUCUUUCCUUGAUUGGACUUGAUUUCAUCUUCAAUCUGGGUUGCACCCUUUUUCUCCUUAUGGCAGAUUAUUGUGCCAAAUCAAAGAACAUGACACAAGCUUCCAAGAGCAAACCUCCUUUGAGUUACCAGUUCUGGAAUUUGGUUGCAACUUUGACCGGACUUGCGAUCCCCUUAAUGAUACUGUUUGGAUCCCAUAAGGGCUACCUCCAGCCUCGGCUACCUUUCAUCCCAUAUGCAGUUCUAUUGGGUCCCUACAUUCUGCUUCUAGCAGUACAAAUGUUGACCGAGGUGUUGACAUGGCAUUGGGAGUCACCGGUCUGGUUGGUGACCCCAGUUGUGUACGAGGCUUACCGUGUGCUGCAGCUAAUGAGGGGGUUGAAACUUGGGGUUGAGCUCAGUGCACCGGCAUGGAUGAUGCACACUAUCAGGGGCAUGGUCUGUUGGUGGGUACUGAUUCUUGGUGUGCAACUCAUGAGGGUUGCUUGGUUUGCUGGUUUUACAGCUCAAGCUCGGCGACAGCAGGUAUCUUAAACUGAAAUAAAAGUCAUAUAGCUUGAUAUAUCAAAUAAAAUGUAUACAUUUUGUUUGUUGUACAUCAUUAAGCAAUCAUUUUACAUACAUGUAAGAAAUGUUGUUUACAGUUGCAUGAAUAGCUUUAUA